AUGCUAACGCAUGUCACAACAGACUCGACACAAUUCGGUAUCUCGAAUGACAACUACAAGGCAGACAGCUCUAGCGCUGGCACAGUAUCUACUGCCUCUGCUACUACGACCGCCAGCGUAAACAUCAAGACCCCUGUCUCCGCACAAGCAGUCAGCGCAUCCGACGCCGUCUCCUCUGCCGCAUCCUCCGUAUCUUCCGUCGCUGCCAGCGGCUCCAGCAGUGUUGCAUCGCAAAUCUCGUCUGCUUCUUCUGCCCUCGCCUCCAGUGCUUCUGGCUCCAAGAGCUCUGCAUCCGUAAGUUGA